AGGAGAUAACAUCUCGGAGCGCUGGAUCCACUGAAAUAUCAAGUUUGAACCAAAGGGUGACUUACAAUUGUGAAAUACAUGUGAACCGUCGUACAUAUUUAAUCAAAAGCUAAAGCGUAAUUGAGAAAUAAGAUUUGAAUUAUUACUUUCGAGGAUACUUAGCUGAACCCUGGUGUCCUAGUUCAGGAGAUACCUAGAGCUGAACCCUUGUGUCCUAGUUCAGGAGAUAUCUACAGCUGAACCCUGAUUUCUCAAGUUUAAGAAGAUACCUAGAGCUGAAUCCUGGUUUCCAAGUUCAGGAGAUACAUAGAGCUGAAUCCUGGUUUCCUAUAUCAGGAGAUUCCUAGAGCUGAAUCCUGGUUUCCUAGUUCAGGAGAUACCUAGAGCUUAACCCUGGUUUCCUAGUUCAGGAGAUACCUAGAGCUGAACCCUGGUUUCCUAGUUCAGGAGAUACCUGGAGCUGAACCCUGGUGUCCUAGUUCAAAAGAACUGAACCCAGGUUUUUUAAGUUUAAGUGAUACCUAGAGCUGAACCCUAGUUUCUCAAGUUUAAGUGAUACCUGGAGCUGAAUCCUAGUUUCCUAGUUCAGAAGGAUACCAGCACAGAAGCUUCCCCUUGUAUCCUGUUUAAGGAAUACUAACUAAAACUAAGUAGGCAAUCUAAAUCUAUACCCAGUCUGUACCUAGAUAAGAUAUAUGGUGUGAAAACAAAAAGUAAAAACAGAAAAGUGGAGAAGCAAUGUUUAACUAAAACAAAUCUUGAUGAAUCUGCAGCCCGUAGUCCAGACAUGACGGACUUCAAGGCCAGCGUGGUUGCCUACGAGGUCCAAAAGAGCUUCGCCAACACCUUCUUCACCAACAGGACUGUUGCGAAGUCCCUGAUCGACGACACCAGUGCUCGUCUACUAGACAACCUCUACCUCCUUCUAAAAACUUAUACUGGGAACAAAGAUGAAUCUAAGAAGACGGUUCGGAAUAUAAUCAAGAUCUCCGUCAAGAUCGGAAUGCUCCAGAGAGGGGAGAAGUUCUCAGACCCGGAGAAGGACGGGUUGGUUCAGAUCCAGAGAAAACUCCGGAUGGUAGCUAUGACACUAGUCAGUUUUUUCCAGGUUGAUCAUACUUAUGACAGAAUAUUCGUAAUUAAGCAACUUGGCGAACUUGAAGAUCUUCUCAUCAACCUCAUUCAACCUCAUCUUACAGAUAAAUCAAUUGGGAGAGUUGAUCAAAUAUUCACGGUGGUUAAAACUGGGGAGUUUCUGGAUAGUAUUUAUGUUCCUAAUAAAAACCUAGACAUGAGGGACAUCAUGGGGAGGGUGGUGGAGGACGUAAACUCAUGUAUAGAGGCCGGCACCCUCUAAUCAGGGAGGCCAAUGACAGCAUAGAUACAUAAGAGGCUGGCCCUUUAUUUAGGGAGGUCAAUGACGUAACCUUCAUUAAAGAGGCCGAUACCCUUUAAGGACAAUAAAAUGGUAAACAUCGAUUCCCUAUGUAGAAGGAGGUCGCUGAUCAAUCUAUACAGAAUCCAUCGCCUUUCUAGGAAUGUGUUUCAUGGCCUCAAAGACGUUGACUUAAUUCAAAAAGGCCGAUAUACUUUUAAAGACAUUGGUUUUUGUAAUUAUAACUGUAAACCUCGGCUUUCUGAACAGGGUGGUCAAUGACUUCGCCUGGACGUUAGUUUUAUUACAGAGGCCGACCAUGUGAGUAUAGGAAGGUCAACGACGACAAUUAAAUAUAGAAUAAAAAGCCUUUAAAAUAGUGAUAAAGACGUCAAAAGACUAAAAAUGAAUAUAUCCAAAGCCGCUCAAUAAGAUGCUUUUAAAAAUGAUAUUAACUCUUGUCUUUUAUACUGUUAAAACCAAUAAAAUGUAAUAAUAUAUACAUGCUCGAGCUUUACAAAAAAGACUCGUAAUAGAACAGUUAAAAUAGUUUUAAUCCGAACAAGAAUCCUUUUUAUCCCUUUAAAGUAGAUUUUAGACUUUUAUAAGUAAUAUUUCAUAAAGAAACCCCCCCCCCCCGGCCCAAUGAUACACAACGGAAGUCUGAAUUAUUUAUUCUAAUCGAUGCCAACCCAAUGUUCCUUAUAGGUCUGGGAUAUGUAUGUAAAAUCAGUUCUGUGUUGAAUUACAAAUCAAAUUAUGAAAUAUAUACCGCGCCUUUAUAUAUUUCAAGUCAGGCUUAUUGCUUAUAUAUAUACUUUGAUUUGUUUUGAUUUACCUAGUUUAUCAAGUGUAGGAUAAUUAUUAAAGUGAUUUUAAGCGAUCCUUGUCUUCAAGAUUGUCAACUGUGAUCGGGGUAUUUCCGAAGUAAAGAAUAUUGUCAAAAUUGGUUCAAAUUCUGACGCAGAUAUCUUCGUGAGAGGGUCGCGACUGCAAUUACAAUUUUAAGAAUUUGACAAGACUUGCUUAAAUUCGUAAACAGACCCUGAAUAUUGAAAAUAUAUGUAUUCAACAAAUGUGAUAUUUUUAAAAGAAUAAAUAUUGAAAAUUGA